UUCAUCCUAGAUCUUGACUAGGUUUAUUUCCAUAUUGAAGACUCUUUUAACUUUAUUCUCGAUUUAGAUUCUAGAUCUAGAGUAUAGAAUCUAGAUCUAUAUCCAAGAUCUAACUUAGAUCUUAAGAAUUGAAGAAUAUUCUAGAUUCUAGAUAGAUCUAGAUGUUAAAAAUGGCCAUAUUAUGUAAUCAUGUCUAAAUCAUGAAGUAGUUUCUUGGAGAUAAACCUGUAUGCCCAGAGGAGGUUAGAGAGGAUUACAAAGCCUUACAAAGGAGGACCAAAAACAGAGACAAAUCUAUAGACAGGAUAAACAAAUAAAGUAGGUGUGCACUAAAUAGGACUUUUAGGUAGCUGGAUUUAGCUAGUUGGUAAAAUAAUACAUCUGGCCAGAACUGAAGCUGAAUACUGUUGCUGCAUUCAAAACUUCUAAGUUGAGGAACCAUACAUUGAGAAUAAACUCAAUAUAAGUUGAUUUUCUUUUAAAAAUGGAAUUAAUGAAGCAAUUUUUAGAAGCUAAAUCCUGUGGCGUGAGUACAGAAGAGUUUUUCAAGCUUAUUGAGGCAGAGUUGCAACUGCAGCAAAUGAAGUCCACUGCUCAACCAAAUACAUCAAUUAAUGCUGCUUCCUCUGACAGUAAAUCAGAUAAAGUGUCUUCACCAGAUAUUGACUUAACAUAUGAAAAGUUAGGUCAUAAUGACAGCUACUUGAGUUUUAAAAGAGAGAUAGAAGACAUGUUUCAGCGGAUGAGAUCAGACUUCCAAGAGUUAAAAUCUUCAAUACUGUCCAGCCUUCAGGAAGAAAAGUAUAUGAUGAGAGACCAGCUUGGAGAGGCUCAGAAAGAGAUCAACUCAAGGCUCACCCUUAUAGAAAGUGAUGUGCAGAGAAUCAAGGAGACUGUUUCCUCUCUUCAAAAACAAGGAAUUGAUUCUCUCUGCAUGCACAAGCAGACAAUGCUGGCUUUGGGCAAAAUAUCUACACAGACUCCAUUGUCCAGUAACCUUGGUCAGCCUGAAGGUCCACUGACCAAUAAAUUGGCUGAUGUUGAGAACCAGCUGAAAGAGAUACCAGACCAAUUAACCAACAUAAAAGAGUCUCUGGAUGAAACGCAGGUCCUGCUCCAGGAUUCAAUGGUGAAGCAGUUUUAUGAGUCUAACAGAAAGUUUAAGGAAUCUCUAAAUCAGUUAAAAAAAGAAUUGUUUGAUGUGACUGAAAAGGAAGGCCAGCUUGUUAGGGACAGACUGUCCAGUCCAGCACAGCCAAGAAAGCACUAUAUUUGUGACUUUUAUGUCCCACAGUUCAGGGACAAGAUCAAAUCCUCGGUAAUAGUAUACAGCCCACCCUGGCACAUAGAGCCUUUGAGCUCAAGUGUGAAAGGCCUCGUCGAGUUCAACGAAAAUGCUGACUGUAGUGUCUGGCUAGUUCAUGGACGGCACCCUCGGGAAAUGGGGCUCAACCUCAGAAUCUCUGUUCAACUUGAUGUUGUAGCCACCAUCAUGGAUAUCAGGGGUCACCUGCCCAAUCGUCUAGUGGGGCAUGCUCUGUGGGAUUGCAACGAGGCUAAGAUUAGAGACAAUAGCUACUGGGGAGAACUCAUUGGUGUACUGCCCUGUUGGGAAAUUAUCGGCAAAGGUUAUGGUAAGGAAGAAGGCUAUGAUGAUGAAUCUUUACUUAUAAGAUUUGACAUUCAUGUUUUAGAAAUAUGAUAUUGUAAUAUAGUUCAUCCAUCGUGGUUUGAUGAUGACCACUUUGUCAUCCAGGGGGCUGAGGGCUUUGCACUGGGGUUUUAUGCCUCCUCAUGUGGCUGGUAUUGCAAUACACAAAUGAUCUUAAACAUUUAAAGGUGUAUUUAUACACUUAAGAGUUUAUUUUUUGAUUAUUCUCUGACUAUCUCCUUCUUUCCUAUUCCCACCGCUACCAUUGGCCCCAGUUAUUGCCCUUAGUAAAUUGAGGUAUGGUUUGUUUUGGUUAAAACUGUUAUGUUGGAAUAUUUUAUUUUUUUGGAUUUGAGUUUAAUUGGUAACUAUCUUCCCCCACCCCCUUUGGAAUUACUAGUAAAUUGAGAUUAAUGUUUUCCGGCUGUAUGUUAUAUAUUUAACCUAAUUGUUAGUUUUGUAUUUUUGAUGGACUUUUGAUCUAGAGCUAACAGAUGAAAAAAAAAUACUGUGACCUAUUGAUGAACUUAUAGAUCUCUAUGUUGGAAAGAUUACUUUAAACUUUUGAAGGAUACAAAUAAAAGGAUUGUUUUCAUUGCAUAUUAAUUAUAUUUUUUUCACAAUAAGUAUUCCAUUUAUCUUUUAUUAUAAUAAUAAUAAUUAUUAUAGCUUUUAUAUAGCGCUACUUUCAUGCUUAUAGCAUGCUCAGAGCCCUAUGGUCCAAUCUCAUUUGUGGACCAGUGGGGGGAGGGGGGUAUCUGGGAGAAGGUUUUCAGUGCUGCCUUUGGUGCUCAGCAAACACAACUCUGCUCGAGUCGGGUGUUGAACCCUCGAGCCCCCAUUCAUAGGUAGCGAAGCCAAGUUCAAGCGUACUUAACCUAUCGCCCACGCUUCCCACACUUACCUUAUAAAUUACAGAUGUUACUUCCAAAGAGAAGAUAAUAACAUCCUACAUAUUUCAUGUGUCAAUCUAGUCAUGCAUGCUAACCAGUGACAUAAACUCUGUUAAGUCAUUGGUUUUCCUGAAUGAUUCUGAAAACCUAUUCCAUGCUCAAAUACCACUAGAGAAGAAGAAGCUUUUAUAUGAUUUUGUCCUAGCAUAUGGAAUAAGAAAUGUGCCUUUAUCUUUUUGAAUAUUUUAUUAGGUUUUAUUUUUGUAUUUGUAAAUUAUGGUUCCAUGUUUUAUGUAUUAUUGCUACUUUACUUUUUAUUCUUCAGUCCUGGAAUUUCCAAAUUUAGUUAUUCAACUUAUGAUGUUACUUUAAUCAAAUGUGAAAUUGUUACAAUUCUCACUGCUCUAUUUUGUAUUUGUUCUAACCUCUUAAUGUUUUUUUGAGUUGAGGGAUCCCAAAGCAGAGGAUGCAUAUUUUAAUAUUAGUCUAACUAAAGUUAAAUAGCAUUUUAGUUUUAUGUUCUUGUUUGUUUUGUAAAAGCUUCUUUUAAUAAACCCUAAUGCUUAGUUUGAUUUUUAAUAAUUUAAUCAAUAUGGAGACUAUUAUUACUUUUGAUUUAUUAUAACACCUAGAUAUUUAGAGUUUUUAGUCUGUUUAACUGGUUUACCAUGAAUAAAAUAAGUACUGGUAGUUUUUGGUUUUUGUUACUCUUAAUAAAUGACUUAUUUCUGGGUGGAAAGACAAGCUUUCUGUAAUUCUUCUAAUUCUCUUUGUAAAAUUUCAGUAUCUUGCGUUGUUUUUAUUUUUCUAUAUAUAUAUUAUGCAAUUAUCUGCAAAUAAUCUAACUUUUUUUCCUGAAUUAAGGCAAUUUAGUAGGUCAUUUAUGUAAAUUAGAAUAGAAACAUUUAUCAUUUUACAUAUCCUGUUUACUAGAUGGCUGAUACCAAACUGUAUGUCAGAUGUUUGUGUUUUGAAUUAAAUUAUCUAGACAUUGGGGGAUGGGUGGCUGAGUGGUAAAGUGCUUGGCUUCUGAAUCGGGGUCUGGGGUUCAAAUCCUGGUGAAGACUGGGAUUUUAAAUUUUGGGAUAUUCGGGUGCCUCUGAGUCCACCCAGCUCUAAUGGGUACCUGACAAUAGUUGGGGAAAAGUAAAGGCAGUUGUCAUUGUGCUGGCCACAUGACACCCUCAUUAACUGUAGGCAACAGAAACAGAUGAUCUUUACAGCAUCUGCCCUACAGACCACAAGGUCUGAUAGGGGAAUUUUACUUUAUCUAGAUAUUAAUGAUAUACAAUCAAUCACAUCAUGUAGGGGCCUUCAGUGAAUACCCUCACGUGGCCGUAGCUAGUGUAAAUAGGCCCUACUAUUUGCACCUGCGACAGUCUCUACUAGAAUCUAAAAAUAAAUAAUCGUGUGAUUGGAAGGCAAAUUCAUUGAUAAAAAAAAUAAGAAGGGGACUUACUCCUUGACAUUUGAAACCAGAAGAAGAGAAAUGUAAGUGCUUGAAUAUUGAAUAGCAUCUCUAGAAUUAACAGCUAAAGCUCCAUGAAUAAAAUCAAUGUUUCAAUUUAAAAAGAAUAGUUCCAUUGCUGAAAAAUCGCAUAGAUUAAAUAAGUUUCAAUUUAAAAAGAAUGCUUCUUUUAAAGUAAUGAACUGACCACUUUUAUACGUAUACUUGUGUAGGCCUACUAUUUAUUGCCAACUACUGUUACAAAAUGUAUAUUCAUAUUUUUCAUAGUAUUAUUUUUCAGCUGAUUCAUUCAUUUUUAACAGUGUAAAAUGUAAAGAUUAUAUAUUAAUAUAAAUUGAUGAAGUUUGUAAAAUAAACAAUGAUAAUUAUUUUGUUAAUUUUGAAUGCAACUAAGUGACUACUAUCGUAGAGACUGAAUGUUAUCAAAAUUUUAUAACUAUUGUUAAAAGAAUUGUGUCAUUUGCAAAAUAAUUAUGUGAAAAUAAUAGUUAAUGUGGUAAUUUUA